CAAAAACUUAAAAAGCGAAAAAAAUAACCAGUUACUAAGAAUAGGAGCAUGGGCUGGGCACUCGCCAAACUUAGUAUAUAAGUCAGUGUGACAAACAGGCAGUUAUAUCAACAGCAUUCAGACAUUCUUAGUAUAAAGCCAUCCUAGUAACUACACAAUGAAGAUUGACACUAACAAGAUGAAGGACCUCUAUGACACCAAUGGCUAUCUGACAUCUAUUGAUGUAUUAGAUGAGAUGGAAUUGCACCAAGCCCAGAAGGAGCAUGCAAAGCUGGAAGAAAAGUUUGGUAAAGAGUACACUCAGUACAAUCUACACAAUAUCCACAUGCAGUAUGAGUGGGUGAUGAGACUAGCAACCCAUCCCAAUCUACUGGAAGCAAUCACAGCUGUCUUGGGUCCCAAUGUCAUUCUUCUGGACUCAAGAUUUAUCUGUAAAUAUCCCUCCUCUGAGGUUCCACACAAAGAAAACACUGCCCCUUAUGUUGCCUGGCAUCAGGAUAUCAAAUACUGGGGAUUUGAGGGAGGUCCAGUGGCUUCAGUAUGGCUGGCAUUUGAUGAUGUUGAUGCAGAAAAUGGAGUCCUACAAAUAAUUCCAGGGAGUCAUAAACAGGGUAUACUGGAGCACAGAAUUGCAGAGAAUCCCGGGAACAUGCUGACAGCAAACCAGGAGAUUCCAAAGCACUUGGUGAAUGAAGAAGAUUUGGUUGAGUGUCCACUGAAAGCUGGUCAAAUGUCUGUGCAUGAUGGUCUGACUGUUCAUGCCAGUGAACCCAACAUGUCUGACAGAAGAAGAUGUGGAUUUGUCAUCCGCUAUGUUCCUACCACAGCCUAUCCUAUUAAGGACCCAGAACGUCCUAGGACCUUUCCUGCAACUGUACUGGUGGCUGGAACAGAUGAAUAUAACCACUUUAAAGACAAUGCUCCUAAUUUCUUCACCAAGACAUUGUAAUUGUAAUUCUAUGUGCUGUACCAUAUUAUAUACUAGUACUGACAAUGUAUUCGUACAGCUUCAAUGUGAGGCUCAGGAAGCUGUACAAGAGUGAUUAAAUAAUGUACACUACAUUAGUUAUUUCAUAAGUAUCUUAUGUUAUUGAUGUUCUUCCAUGCACAUUCAGCAGUGUACAAUACAAAGUACUUUAUACUUACCUUCUCACUUACAAAAGUCCAUUAAAUUAUUUAAAGACUGAUUGAAACGCAAUAUACAGUAUUAGUGUAAAAUAUUGUGUUUUAAUAUUGUUACACUGCAUUCAUUAUCAUAUAAACUGCUUUAAAAUAAAC